GAGAGGAACAAAGUAAAAUAUCUUUGAGAGCAGCAGCGAAUCAGACCUUCUGUCCUCCGUGCUUGUUUCGAUUCACACUCCUCCACCAUCAGUAAACAGCUGGCGUCGCGAUGCGUCAGAACAAAAUGUUGAUUGGGAGUUUACUGAGCUAGUUGCUCCUGGGGGAAAGGUGCAAGAGCAUUAAAAAGUUGACUUUUUCUCUUCAGUUAUUGGACAUUUAAAUUAAAGGACAGUAGAUAAAAUACUAAGUGCCAAACUCCCAAACAGUUAAAUAAGUGCAAAAUCAUUAAUUAAACGUUAAAUAAUAGUAAAACUUGGAGCGAAAGUGAACUUCUUUGUUUAGUGUACGCGCAUUCGUUGUUAGCGAGUGGCGCAGCAUUGUUUGUUGUGGUUCAACGAAGACCCUGUUUUUUUUGAGAGAUCGAAACACGAUUUAUACAGGACAUCCUCAGGUAAUUCACGAAAACAUUCAACAAGGAAAAUUGGUACAUCAACCAUUAUUCCUGAUGAUGUAAACUUAUUAUUAAUUUAUUUAUUUUGGUGUGCGCGAGUGCUUUGUUUUGGCGAGCAGCUGAUUCCGAGCAACGCCGUUCUCCUUUUUGACAGGUCGAUUGCUGAACGAGCGACGACUGUGAUAUAUUUAUUUAUUUUUUAAUUUAAAAAAAAGGAAACAAAAAUUCUUUGUUCUUUAUAGGUGAAGCACAAAAAGUGACAUCGUAACAAGUCGGAGGUUAGAAGAGGGAUUUCAAUGUAUACCUGAGAAAAUCAGUGAUAUAACUCAGUGUCAACGAUCCCCGCAGAGCUCUAUUUAAUUUUCACAAACAAGAAAAUAAACAAAACGCUUAUUAUUUAUUGAAUGCUUUUUUAUACACAUGGGGGAAUGCCUGAUUUUUGUACAUCGUCUGACUGAAAGCUACCUCGAAAUUGUUGAGUCUGAGACCUUGUGAGGCUAAUUAUUUAAUUUUUCCCUAAUGCCACCAAGGACACGCCAAGGUGCACUUUUAAUUUAAAAAAAUCGCUAACGAGUGAAAACAAGAAGAAAAUUAUCUAGACUCGUUCUAGUCAAAAGAAGAAGAAAAAGUUUUUUUAAAUAUAUAUAUAUAAAUAUAAAUAAUAUACGUUUUUAAUCUAAAGAAUCUUGGUUUCAACGUUCCUAAAGUUGACUGUUGGACAACGAAGAAGACAACACACAGCCUUUUAUCGAAUUUUUUAUGAUCUCACCUGUAUAAUGCUUUUCUUCGUUAUUAUUUCCAAGAAUUGAGACAAGUUUUUCAUUUCUCUACAAUAUAAAUUCCAUGAGCUGUGAAUUCCAUCGAGUCGUUAAAUAUUAUAGAAACGUGAAUUAAUUUAUUUGAGACCAAUAUUUUGUAAAUUCAUUAUCUGAAUGAAAUUGUCAAGCGAUUUGGGUGAUAAGCAAGGAGUUCUCUUUGAAAUUCUCGAUGAGAAAGAGUCUAUCGACAACGCUUAUUGAUAAAUGAAUCGUAGACAUUCUGGGGCCGUCCUCGCAAGUUCCAGACAACGUGGGGUACGGCCCCAAUCAAGCUGACUAAAAGGAAUUGGAAAUUUAUUGAUGAACGUCAUUCCUCAGGAGGGAAGGAGAUUGAAAAAUUAAUUUCACUUUUUUUCAUCAUUCACAUCAUUUUUUCAACAUGCUUUACAUAUUUUACGUGGACACCGGAAGCACCAUCACCUUCGACAUCAAACUUGCUCUACAGAGUGUAUCUGAACUGAAGGAGGCGAUCGAGAGAGAAUGUGGCGUCUUAACGGAAGACCAAGUUCUCCUGAUGAGCGGUGGCGAAUCCUUGGAAUCAGAGGCCCGAGUCUGUUCUUAUUCCGCUGGAACGGACACAAAUCCGAUUUAUCUCUUCAACAAGGCGUCCAUCAACAGCAGUGUGCCACCUAUACCUAGCAUUGAUUGUGGCUCUGAUGUUGAUCUUCAGAGUCAAAUUGAUGCCUCGUCAGCGAUGCCGGCAACGUAUCAAACAAUUGUCGCACGUGCUCAACUGGCCCAACAGUGUUGUGGUUUGGCUCGCGAUCAGAUUCGAAUUUGCAAGAGACUGGUCCAUGAUCAGCAUUUACAGCAACAGGGAUGGGCGGCUGUUAUUGCUAAUCUUGAGGACGUUGUGCAAAUGUUUCAAUCUAAAGCUGAACAAUUUCAGCAUAGCUUCGCCGUUUAUCACGCUGAACGACAUCAGUACAUAGAACUUCUUCAAAAUUACAGCCACGAUGUGGAGAACUUGACGAAAAUUCCAAUUUUGCCGGCAUUGCGAGCUCAAGCCGAGGGUCUUCUUAGUCCUGACGAAUUGCCAACAGAAGAAGAAGGAGAUGCUGGAGUGUUGAGCCUAUUCAAGUGGAUCUCAGCAAAGGAUAAUCAUAGUUCACUGGUACAACUUGCUGAACAAUGCUCGAGGGGAAUGGAACAUUUUAAUGAGAGUUUCAUGGAAAUAUUAAUGGAGGACGUGAACCAAGUUAUAAAUGGUGCAAAUAAACAGGAUUUGAAAGAAAUUCGCGGUCUUGGCGAUAGAUUAUAUGCACUCGAACAAUUAAUGACCCAAGCAAAGAAAAUUUCCCAAGAACAGGAAGAAUUGGCUCAAGGUUUUUUACAAAAUCAAAAUCGUACAAAAAUUGAAGGCGAUGCUAGUGUACUUCCCGAUCUUUGUACAUCACAUCGUAGACAACUUCUCGUUAUGUUAAACAAUCACAAUCAAUUACGUGAUAUUCGUCGACGUUGUACAAAAGCAAAGGAAGAAUUAUCCACAAAUAUUUAUCAUCGUCUAAAAUGGAUUGUUUAUGUUGAAAAUAAAAUAACAAACGUUAAUUAUAAAUUGACCAUGUACAAUGAAAUUUUAAAACGAUUAAAGAAGCAUAUUGAUAUAUUGCAACAAAUUCAUCUAGCACCGGAAAUGUACAUGAGUGCCAUAACAGAAGUGGUUCGACGUAAAACAUUCUCCCAAUCGUUUUUAUCUUGGGGCAGUAAUUUGGCUUGUCAAUUGUUAACAAUUCACAAUGAAGAACUCACAAGACGUCGUGAAUUUCAAAGUAAAUUUGAUGGACAUUUUCUUAAUACACUAUUUCCCGGUAUGGAUGAUACGCCACCUGAUUUUGCAACUCAAGCGCCUCAGAUAUUUGACAACAGGCUUCCGAAAUUAACCAUCGAGGACAUGGAAUCAUUGAGAAAGGAAUUACCAGAUCUUGCUCUCAAUGUCUCAUCUCCUGAUCUUAACAGCAUCACACAAUUCUUCUACUCAAAGUGUUUAAGCGAGGGUAGUAUUGACAGCAAGGACAAGGAAAGUACUUCAAUGCCUGUCGAUAUCUCAUCAAAAAAUCAGGAACCAAGACCACAGAUGCUAAUCGACAGAGGUGAUUUCGAGUCGGAAACGGAUACAGAGGAAUUUGAGAAGAUUGGCCAACGUGGUACGGACUCGAAGCUGAAUUAUUAUGAUGGCAUUCUUUCUGAGGAGUUUCGACGUAAAGAAUCGGAGGUUGGUGUUCAACAAAGUGGAUCAUUCGGUUCUUCAACCUCAACUAAUAUAUCCCCGUUAAAUUCAAAAGGCACUGAUUUCAAUCGAUCUUCGUCAUCCAGCGAACCUGGAUCCUAUCAUUUUCCUAGUUUAACCACAAGCGAAAGACUACAUCAGCUUAGUCCGCUGACAGAGUGCAUCGAAAACGGUGUAUCCAAUUCUCAUGAUCACUAUCUCUCGUGCGACGCACAACCAUUCAGUAAUAAUCCAUUAUCCUUAAUUACCAACGUUCCUAGAAAUUCCUUAAAUUCGAAUCCAUCAACUACCGUAUCUCAACCCGUAGGGUGCGACGGACAGCAAAAAUUACAAAUUGAACAGCAACAACAGCAGCAGCAGCAACAAUGUGGAAGCGAAGGCAGCAGUCCAGUUGCUGUUGGAGGAACUGAUUUCAUGGGUACCGAAUUUUACAUGGAUGAAUCACUGCCAAGCAGUCUCAGCGAACAUCCCACCGACAGCCAACAUCAGGCUAUUGUAUCCCUUCUUCAGGAAAAUCUCGGUACAACACAGGAGGAAGUUGAUCGACUGCGUAAUCUCUUGAGAAUGAUGAAGAGUGUUACAACCGAGGCGCUUCAAACAUUUAGAACUGAAUUGGCCGAUUUGAAAGGGCGAAUGAAUUUUGACGAGAGUGGAAUUGCAACAAUUACGGAACAACUUAAUCAGGCAGUUAGUCUUCAUUCGAAUGAAUGUAAACGGAUAAUUCAAGAACGUGAACAAGAAUUGACGGUGGAUCACGAACUUGAGAUGGCUGACUUAAAGAAAAUGUUACAAAAUCGCGAAGAAGAUAUUCGUGCCAUGAAAUGUACGAUUAUGGAAAAGGAAACGGAAAUAAGAGAACAUGAACGUCUCUUGAAUACAAUGCGACAGACUUUGGAUAAUGAGAAGUCGGAGAAGAAUAUUUUGCAAACGCGUUUUCAUGGACAAUUGGAGACUAUGAAGCAGUCGAGUUUGGAGAAAGAGAACGCACUUAAGGAAGCUAAUGAGACUAGAAUUGUCGAAAUAGCAUCUUUGACCAGUUCUUUAACUCAAUGUCAGGAGAGAAUACAAGAAUUGGAGAAAACUCUCGCCAUUUCACGUGUUGAUGAAGAGAGACUUGUCAAGGAAGCAAGCGAUAAAUUACAGAUCGAAUAUAAACGAGAAUUGGAAACAAUCAGAAGUCGUUUCAAACUUAUGGCUGCUUCGACAAUGGAGAGAAGUCCCAGUGAUUCCAGCCUCGAGAAAAUAGAGAGAACCGACGUGAUUGAAUUGGUGAAUCAUGAGGCAAUUUUAGCUCAAACGAAGGAGGACAUGAUAAUGGAGAGAGCGUCAGAAAUAAGUCACGCUAUUGAAAAGGAGAGAGCAGAAUUCACCGUUAAAUUUGAUCAGGAAUUGCAAGUCGCAAGGCAAAUGGUUGAGGAGAAAGAACGAGAAUUAGAAAUUUACAGAUCGAGAGAAAUGUCAUUGAUUGCUGAAUGUGAACGUUACAAGAAUACAAUUAGUCUUUUGACAGAAUCUGCGAGUCAAAUUGGACAAACAUUGACUAAAAAGGUGGAAAAAUUUCAUGCUCUUAACGUACAACUUGAGAAUAAAAUAGCGGCUGAUCAUAAUAUAUUAGUGCAAAGGGAAAAUCAGGUAUAUGAUCUAGAAGUUGAGAGAAAUGAAUUACGCCAGGAAUUGAAGGGCGAACGAUCGAAAAAUCAAACGACACUUGGUCAUGAGGAAACUUUGAGUGCCGAUCGUGAUGAGGAUCAAGUUUCGGAAUCGAAAAAAGUCAAAUUAGAAGCUGAUAGUGAUCCGGCGUAUUUUUCCGGUAGAGUGAAAUUUCUUGAGGACGACAAUAAGAGAUUGAAUGCCGAAUUGAGAGCAAUGAGAGAGGGUAAAGAAAUGGCGGAGUCGAUUGUUUGUUCAUUGGAGUCGGACAAGGUGCGUUUGGAGAUUGAAUUAGUUAAGGAGCGUUCCAAGAGAAAUUUUGCCGCUGAUUCCGUUGGUUCGUCGUCGAGUACGUCGACAGAGGGACGUGAGAAAGAUAUGAGUACGUCUGUUGCCGUUGUUGCUGAACCAUUAAGUCGAGAUGUUGCUACAAGUCCUGAACCACAUCGACGUGAUGCCAUGUCAGCUUCGACGUCAACUCCGACCUCGACCAAAAUUCGUGAGAAAUUGUCGAAGAGCACCGUUGGUCUUGUGCAACAGGGACUAAUUAACAUUUCGAGUUGCAAUCCCGGAGAUUUGGUUUUAGUUCUGUGGGACUCUCAGCACAGGAAUUAUAUUAUCUUCCAGGAGUCGAGGACGAUGUAUUUUCUCAAUUCCGACUGCAUCAAUGUGUUGGAUUUGAAGGGUGGUCCCGAUGGAACGCCCAAUCGAUUGCACGUGGUUGCAGAAGUUAUUGACAAAGAAUAUUGUCAUGCGAAGAAGCCUGAAAAUCGUUUCCGCGUGCCCCAGGGUACGAAAUUCUAUCGAGUUCGAGUAAAGCCUGUUCUAAGAAUGGAUUCAAUUUCUUCAGCAAAGAGCCAGUAAUUUAAAAAAGAAUAUCAAGAAAACAAAGAUGUGCGGUCUCCUCUGUUUCUUGCCUGGUGUAAACGCGCUGUGAUUAAGGAAUCGUGUUACUUGGGACACUGUUGACAACAAAUUGUAGGAACCAGGCAUACUACUAAAGAAAAAAAAAUACACGUUCAAGAGGUAUCGCCCCAAGAUCGCCGAUUCCCCAUUGUACGUCUCCGCAGCCAUCCGGAUCCUCGGAUCGAGGACAAAACAUGCCAGAAUCUUGACGCGUUCCCUUAUAAUAAGCUACACAAAACAAUUAGUAAAUUAUCAAAGGCAACGCAAAAAAUAGAUUUAUAUGCGCAAGUUGGUGUUGCGAAAUGAGACGGAAGGAUGCGCUGGCGUUUUAUUGUGAUAUAAAUAAUUUUUAACGAGUGCAACAUAUUUGCCGAAUGCUGUGGAUAGCUGUGACUGGUAAUUUUUUUUACAUAUAUAAAAGAUAUUAACCACACGAACAUCAUUAUUGUUUCUCAUUUUUUUUUAGUUGGAUCUCGCGUAAAUUUUUUUUUUCAUUUUUUUAUACCCUGGAACGACGAGAUUAAUACAUGAAGAAAAUUCCCUGGUACUUAGUCUCGUUGAACUAAAAUUCUCAUAAUUGAGAGUUAAAUAGAAAAUAAGUUUUAAACUCUUGAACAUGCUUCAAAACGUACAUUUAUAUAUUAUAUACAUAUAAAAUUAUGAUAUAAUAUAUAUCGUAUAUGUAUUAGAAGAAAACGUGCAACAUUCACGUAUAUCAUAAAGCGUAAGAAUAUUUUAUAAAAAAAAACGCAAUUCUAUAAAAUAUAUUAUGCAAUAACGGUGGAAGCAUAAUCAACGCGAUAAGGUGUACAUAUAUUCCUGUGGGUCGUUUUCCAAUUUGUGCUUCAAAGCUUUGCACACACACAAACAUACGUUUUUCAUCACUAAACUUAAGUAUAUCACACACACACUCCUAUUGAUGGAAAUUAUAUACACAUAUAAUAUAUACCGUUUAGAAGAUCGCCUCUAGUUCAAAUUUUUAUAGGACCCAAACUUUACCAAAAAAAAAAAAGAAAUAAAACUCGGAAACGUAAAAAAAAUGUCAUAGCGGUCAUUGACUUUUUUUUUAAUUCGUUAACCGAUUUUCUUCUCACUUAGAAAAAUAGUUACAUUGCUUUUUAAAAUGAGAAAAAGAAGUUUUUUCGAUUUCAUGACGUUUUAUUUUUGAAAUGAAAGAAACGUCGUCCCUGUAAGGUAUUAAUAAACUAAAGCGCGAUCUAAGCACCCGUAGUAUCGCAUAAUAGCUGUGAUCGUUAGAAUCCUUUAAUUAACAAUAUUUUUUGUUUUUGUUCACUUCACUUUUUUUAGUCAAAUCGAUAAUCUCAAAUCUCAUUAAGGCGUUUUUAUGGCUGUAGGAUUUAUAAAUGAUCCAAGUUUCAUAUAUACCUUUAAGUAUGUAAUUUCUUUAACUAUACUUGACAAAAGAAGAAAAAAAAUAUAAUACAAAGAUAUUUAUACGCAGAGAUGUCUGUCUAAUACAGUGUAGAUAAAAAAAAGUAAGAUAAAUAGUGAAAAAAAAAUUGUCUCUAAAUAUCGAUCGUUACAUUUAUAAGUAUCAUGUCUCUCUCUCUCUCUCUCCUCUCUCUCUCUCUCUCUCUCUUUAUCUCAUUUCUAUUCUGUACAUACAGAGCAUAUUUAUUAUUCACAAACUGAAAAUACACCAAUUUAUAAAGACAUUUUUCUUUAUUAUAAUACAGAGGACAGAGUCACCUGAUUGUAAAUAAUUAUUUCUGAAAAAAAUUUUGCAUUGAAAAAGUGAAAUUUUCUUUUUAAUUUGACGAUGGAUUUGGCUCUGUUCUCAUUAGAAAAGCCGUAUAGUCUCAUGAAAUUUAUAAAUCUUGUGACAAGAUUUCGAUUUUUAUUUAACUCAUUGCGUAAUAUUCAUCUCCUCUUGCUUCUUUUUUCUCUCAUCCCCUUUCUAUCGAGGGACUUCGUUUUCCUAAAUAAAGAAAGAGAGUUCCAUUUUCACUCCAAGUAACCAUAAUUAUUAUAUAGAAAUAAAAUCGAAACUUUGAUAAUCAGUAGAAUUUUCGCUUCCAAUGUUAAAAAAGAAAGUUUCUCAAAACAAUUUGUAAAUUGCAAUGAGGAAUCUCUGAGAAUCUAUGUACUUGGGAGUUUGUACUUUUAAACAAUAUAUAUUGUAAUUGACGACCUUGUCGCGUUUCCGAAAUUUUUCUUCUCAAUGAGAAUAGUUUAUCCUUACUGUGCACACAAGUUGCGAUAUAUUUGUGAAAUAGAAAGGAGUUUAAAAAAAAUCGCACGAGCUUUUUCUUUCAUCGUAUUGGUUUAUAAACAAUACGUUGUUGAAAAACAUUUAAAAAAAAUGAAAAAAAAAAUUAAUAAAAAGUAAAUAAUGGUAACCGAUGUGUAGAUUACAUCUAAACGGUAAAAGUAGUUUGUAACUGAUAAGCCCGAGAAUCAAAGCGACGUGCCUGUAAAAUUGUAAAUAUUAACAAGGCUUCUUCGAUGUUGUUGACAACGACUCCCGUACCAACCAACUUGAUUCAGAUGGCAGUUGCUUAGAAUUUUUUCCUCUUUUUAGUAAUUUACGCUAGAUACAAAAAAAAACAAAUUUAAAAAAAUGCAAAAAUUUUUCUAAAAAAAAAUUGGCACCUUAUGAAAUUUUUGUAAAAAAAAAUGUUUUCGAUAUAAUAAGGCAGGAUUUUCGAAAUUAUAUAUAGGAAUUUAAUUAUUUUUUUAGUGAAAACAAAUAAGUAAACCUCGCCUAGUUUUAGGUUCGUCUCAUUUUUUGUACCUAGAGAUCUAAGUAGAUUAUAAUGCAAUAUUAUGUAUAACGUGUGCGUUGAUAUCACGUGAAAAUGAUUUCAUAAAUAUUCCAUUUUGGAAUUAUAAGACGACAGAUCCUAGAAUUAGUUUCGAGUAUUUUUAUUCUUAAGGUUUGGCCCUUGCCACCCAGUAAUUUAUAUAAUAAAUUAAAAGAAUGAAAAAAAUAGCACCAGUUCCACUGAUAAAAAAAAAUCGACUCCAGUAGCUAGUGAUUUGUAAUAGAAAUAGAAUUUAGUUUGUACCUUGAAAGAAAAAAAAAAUAAGAAGCAAAAUCUCAAAUAGAAAAAUAAACCCAACUUUAUCGGGUUUCAAAAAAAAAAAAAAAAAGAAUUCGAGUCGCUUGAAGUUAAUGACAGUGCAUCACUGAACACUUCAAUUAUCAUGUGACGUUUAAACGGAUUCAAGAAUUUUCGUUGAAUUAAUUUGCUUUUUUACUAUUAGUAUUAUAGUAAAUAUGUAUCGUACAUAUAAUAUAUUAUAGUAAAUAUAAUUUAUAAUAGAAACGAUUGAAUAUAGAUUGAAAAUAGAUUGAAAAUUUUUGAAAAUAUAUUGAAAGAAAAUAUAAAUAAAUAUAAUAAAGUAUAAAUAUAUUUACUGUAAGUAACAAUACGGUAUAAUUAGAUAUUUAUUAUAAUAUCAUUAUGAUAAAUAUAUAUUUACUAUAAUAGCCGGCAGAUGAAAUGUGGCUGGAUUUAUAAAUAGACUUAUUGUUCUUGAUCGUUUUAACAAUAAUAUGAUAUUGUCGUUAUCUUGUGCACUUUAAAUCGCAAGCAGCUAAAUACUUUUGCAAGCUUCUCCUUUGAUCGUUUUUAUUGAUUCUCAGCCAAUCCGUCAGUUUAAUACUAUUUUUGCUGUCGUUAAAGGGCAAAGAUAAUAUUGUGUAUGUAACUGGAGAUGAGUAAACGCGUAGGAAUAUAACAAUUGUGAUCGUGAGAGUAUCUGUUAUAACGAAUAUAUUAAAAAAAAUUCAAAUAAACUAUUGUGACUUUUACAAAUAAA